UCUCUAUCGCUUUCUCUCUCUGGACCUUUUGUGCAUUGCCUUUUUCUCUUCUCUGCUUUCGUCUUGCUCUUUCCACAAGUUUUGUAAACCUUUUUUGCUUCUCUGUAAUACAAUUCCCUCUCUGACCAAAUUCACUGAAUCUUAACUCCGAAGUUUUGCUGUUAAUUACUUGUAAGUCUAGUCCGCCUUUUUCGUUAUUGGCUUCAGUCCCCUCAAUUACGGUCAACAUUAGCUUUGUGCAAUACCUAUUCACCCACCCCUUAUACGCAAGUGUUUUUAUUUGAUUGGAGAGUGUAUGUGUGAUCGAUGUUGUGGCAGAAGAGCUGAGUUGGAGAAUGAUGUUGGGUCUGAGAUCAAUGGGAGGGAAGAGAUCUAGUACAACUUACUUGAAUUUAGAGAUCUGUACAAAGUUAUUCGUGUCCUUUUUGUUGAUAUACGCGGCACGAUUAUCGCUUGGAGUCACUAACCCCGGUGAUGUUGCUGCAAUUAAUAGCCUGCACACUGCAAUGGGAUCUCCUGUUCUUCCUGGUUGGGUUGGGAGCGGAGGCGACCCGUGUGGUGAACAGUGGCAAGGCGUAGCGUGUAAUGGUUCUGACAUACAGAGCAUAGUUCUUAAUGCGGCUAAUUUGGGAGGAGAACUCGGUGAUAACUUAGGAAAUUUUGCUUCAAUUAAAUCAAUAGAUCUGAGCAACAACCAGAUUGGAGGGAGUAUUCCAUCCAAUUUGCCGGUUACCAUGCAAAACUUCUUUCUUUCUGCAAAUCAAUUCUCUGGAAGCAUCCCAGAUUCUUUAUCUUCCUUGACUUUAUUGACAGACAUGUCUCUAAAUGACAACCUUUUAAGUGGAGAGAUACCAGAUGCCUUUCAGAUACUUACAGGAUUGAUCAAUCUAGAUUUAUCCAGCAAUAAUUUGAGCGGGGAACUACCUCCCUCUCUGGAAAAUUUAUCAAGUCUAACAACCCUACAUUUACAGGAAAAUCAGUUGUCUGGAACCCUGGAUGUUUUGCAAGACCUUCCCUUGAGAGAUUUGAAUAUUGAGAAUAAUCUCUUCACAGGUCCCAUACCUGAUAAAAUACUAAGCAUCCCCGUUUUCAGAAAAGAUGGUAACCCAUUUAAUACCACUGUUGCUAUAUUACCUUCCCCCCCAUCUCCAACACUGCUGUCUCCAUCAACAGUUCCACCACAAGCACCAACACCUCCUGGGGCACCAUCUUUUUGGCAUACUCCUUGGAGAGAUGCCGAUGGCCCAUCUUCUUCAGAAGAAUCAAAUGGCGGAACAAGAGAGUUUUGGACGAAAAAAAGGAUAGUUUGGGUAUCGAUUGCUGGGGUGAUCUUGUUCAUAAUCAUAGCGUUAGGACUUGUGCUCUUUAUGCCAAGGUGUAGUGUGCGAAGGGAAGAGGCUGAUGGAGCUUUUAAGCAACAUAGAGUAGGGGCAUAUGGCGGCCGUAGAGAGAAUCCAAGGGAUAGUGGGUCAGUGGCCCAAUCAACCAAUCAGAUGGAAAAAGUUUCAAAUGUGGCGGUUAUGCGUCCAAAGGAGGAUCAUCAAAUAGGAAAAAGAAGAAAUGAAGCUGCUCCAAAGCAACAGAAUGAGCAAGAGAGAAAUGUUCGACGGAUGAGUGCGGUGCCAAAGCGGGAGGAUCAUUCGAUAGACAUGAGCGAAUAUGAUAUGCUUUUGAUGCCACCUCCUCUUCCUCCACCUCCUCCCCCUCCUCCACCACCCCAUGCUGAGAAGGUCAUUGUGAGGCCCAUUGUGCCUGCAGAAGUAACAACAGCAAAGCCUUCCUCUAAAGCUCCCAACAUCAUCACUUCUGCAAAAUCUUUCACAAUUGCUGCCCUUCAGCAAUAUACGAACAGCUUUUCACAAGAAAACCUUAUUGGAGGAGGCAUGCUGGGAAAUGUCUAUAGGGCACAGCUUCCUGAUGGAAAGUUGCUUGCAGUGAAAAAGCUUGACAAGAGGGUUUCAGAUCAGCAGAAAGAUGAUGAAUUUCUUGAGCUGGUUAACAACAUUGACCUGAUCAGGCAUGCCAAUGUUGUUGAGCUUGUGGGUUACUGUGCUGAGCAUGGUCAAAGACUUCUGAUCUAUGAAUAUUGUAGCAACGGGACACUGCAGGAUGCUCUACACUCGGAUGAUGAAUUGAGAAAGAAACUUUCUUGGAAUACCCGCAUUCAUAUGGCGCUUGGAGCAGCUAGAGCCUUAGAAUACUUGCAUGAGAUCUGUCAGCCGCCUGUAGUUCAUCGAAAUUUCAAGUCUGCCAAUGUUCUUCUUGAUGAUGACCUUUCUAUUCGUGUUUCUGACUGUGGCUUGGCUCCAUUAAUAUCAAAAGGCUCUGUAAGUCAGUUGUCAGGACAUCUGCUAUCAACUUAUGGAUAUGGAGCUCCUGAAUUUGAGUCGGGAAUUUAUACUUAUCAGAGUGAUGUUUACAGCUUUGGUGUAGUUCUGUUAGAACUUCUAACUGGCCGAAAGUCGUAUGACAGGACACGAAAUCGAGGGGAGCAAUUGCUGGUGAGGUGGGCCAUCCCCCAGCUUCAUGACAUUGAUGCAUUGUCCAGGAUGGUUGACCCCUCUCUUAAUGGAGAAUACACUGCUAAAUCAUUAUCACAUUUUGCCGAUACUAUUUCCCGGUGUGUCCAGUCUGAACCGGAAUUCAGGCCACCAAUGUCUGAAGUCGUCCAGGAUCUGAGAGACAUGAUGCGAAGGGAAUGCUCGAGCAAUGAGACAGAUAAUUAAUUUCAUGGCUUACCAAUAUUGACUUAGUGCAGAAAUUUGAUCUGCAAAUUUUCAACACAAGAUUGUGGUGCAACUGUCUGUAAAAAAGCUGCCGACAUAUGCCCCUAGGGCCCCAACAUACCCAAAAGCUCCACAUCCAUUGCAUUUGCUUCCAAGUCUUCUGGUCGAUUAUUUGUUAUUCGAUUGUUUCCUUAAUUGUACAACAGCCUUUGUCACAGUUAAAUGUCCUAACCCAAUUGUUUCAUACAUUUUUUUUGCUUCUUGAGACCUGCUUGGAUAGGGUUUACCAGAAAAUGUUUCAUGUAUUCUUUCACAUCUCUUACCAAUGAAAGUUUGUUGUAUUAUCUGUGGAUGCUUUUAAAUGUAACAAAAGCACUUGGUCCUCUUCCCAGUUUC